GUGCCUGUCAUGGUGGUGAUCUCACAUCAAGGACUUCCGUCUUUUUUGUGAAUAUCGAGGCCUUGGCCUCCUUUGAGUUUGUGGCUCAAAAUGCCGUUGAAGGAUUUGGUCGGAGGAGAAUGUGGCCAACAAAGUUCACUCGUCCAAGUAUCCCAGCAAUUGCUGCGAGAUCGAACGGCUCCAAUGGGGAACUGGGAUUUCCGUUACUCAGUGGGACUCAACGGGCAGCAAGUUUCAGGAAACUCGAAUGCCACAGGACCUCCAAUCCCCAUGACAUUGCCUCCACCUAUCUAUGAGCAUCACAUGAGGCCAAUGCCAAUUGGCUUCCAGCCUUUAAUGGUUGGUCCUGCCCUCCCCCUUUCUCAUGUAAAUGAUGAGGUAGACAGCAUCUGCUACAGCAUUGAAGAGCAACUUGUAUUCCCACAACACUUGGAUCUUGAUUUGGAAGCUAAUGUCUCUCAGGAGGAAGCACUUCCUGAGUCAGUUGCAACUGACUCUCAAGAAGGGGCCAAAUCCAGAGGUGCAAGUCAGCAAGAAGAGAAAGACGAGUACUGGAAUCAUCUCCGGGAAGAGUGGGAAAAACUAGCAGAAGAAGGUGAUCAUCCCUGGCUAGGAGAAUUUGACCCAACAGCCUUUGAACCUUUUAAGGAAUACAAGUUUGCCGAGGAGAAUCCACUUAAAGAUGAACAGGAUCCAAUGGCCGAGGGGAAAAGAAGGUUACAGGAAGGUGAUGUACCUUCUGCUGCUCUCCUAUUUGAGGCUGCUGUCCAAAAAGAACCUCAGAAUGUAGAAGCAUGGCUCCAUCUUGGAACAACCCAGGCUCUCAAUGAGCAAGACCCCAAUGCGAUAGCAGCCUUGCGCAAGUGUCUGGAACUAGAUGAAGGGAACUUGACUGCCCUAAUGGCUCUAGCAGUGAGCUAUACAAAUGAAUCCUACCAAGCCCAGGCUUCCUCUGCCUUGAAGGAAUGGCUCAAGAGGAACCCUAAAUACAGUCACCUGGUGAAAGAAGGGUCCAGUCCAGCCAAGCUCAGGUCAGAUCUCGUCUCCUCUCUCCUUUCCAGUCCAGCUCAGGAGGAACUGAGAGACCAAUACUUGGAUGCUGCUCGCCUGGCAACCCCAGAGAAUUCUCUAGAUCCAGAUGUUCAAUGUGGCCUUGGAGUUUUGCUUAAUUUAACAGGAGAUUAUGAACGUGCAGUGGAAUGCUUUCAAGCUGCUCUUCAAGCUCGACCUCAGGAUCCCUUAUUAUGGAAUCGUCUGGGGGCAACCCUUGCCAAUGGAGGAAGAUCAGAAGAAGCCAUUCAUGCAUAUCAUCAAGCACUGACUAUCUAUCCUGGAUUUGUACGAUGUCGCUACAACCUGGGCAUAAGUUGCAUCAAUCUGGGAGCACACAAGGAAGCAGCUGAGCACUUCCUGUAUGCCUUGAGCUUCCAGAGUGCAGCAAGAGGUCUCCAUGGUCAGAUGUCUUCUACUCUGAUGUCCUCUUCUAUCUGGUCUUCACUGCGAAUGGUUCUCUCUCUCCUUGGACGAAGGGAUCUCUUUCAGGCUGUUGAUGAUAGGGAUUUGAAACGGCUGAAUCAAGAGUUUCCUUUCCAAGCUACUACAGAAAAGUGAUUUACUGUCAUCCUGUUGGGUUAUUUAGCUGCACUCUGCUGCUCAAAUAGAAAGGGUCUUAUUCUUAAUGUACUUUGCUUCUAUUCCAG